ACUCUCACCGACCUCCUUUCCGUCCAGGGCCAGCGAAGAGGACACCGGCUUCUAGCAUGUCUCUGUCCACCAACACGCGUGUUUAGCGGUGCACCACGUGCACAUUUGUUUGUAACAAGUGAAAAAAACGACAGCGUGUCAACGAUGAGGCCGCCGGUGGAAGUCUGCGUUUUGCUCCUCUCUCUGUUGGCUCCUGGCGUUUUGUACGCCGUGAACAACGUGCCUGCGCUUCAGGAACCUCUUCCUGUCCUUGGAAUGGGAAUGGUCGUCCUGGGAUUUGUUCUAAUCAUCACUCUCAUCUCUGUGCCAAACAAAAUGAGAGUGGACCCCUUAUUCUAUGUCUUUGCAGCGUUUUCCUUCACCUGCGUGGUGGGCCUGACCAAUGCUUUAGAACAGGACGGCUUCAUCUCUGGCUUCAUGGCGUUCUACUUAAAGAUGGGUGAGCCUCAUCUAGGCUCCGCCUACGCUGUGAUGAUGUCUUACUGGGAAGGCGUCGCUCACUUGGUCCUCUUCCUCACCAUCAUCCACCGCAUGUUUAAAGGGAUGUCCUACCGUAGCCUGGGGCUGCUGUGGGCGGGCUCGUCAAUCGCCCAUCAAAUAGUUCACAUCCCAGGAGUGGUCAUUGGUAAAUACGGGUCUAACAUUCGACCUGCCUUUUGGAGGAACAUCCCCUUCUUUCUGGUGCCUUUCUGGGCGGCUUCUCAGCUCUUCAGCCGACACAGAGAGAUCCCAGUCAUUCCAGCAGACCAGGUAAAGACGUUUAUGAUUGCAGUGGAGCAGAAGAAAGGUCUGCUGUCCCGACCCGUUGACCUGCUUCUGUCUGUGCUGCUUCUUGCAUCAAUGGCCUUCUCCGUUUUCAGAGGCUUUGUGGUGCUGGACUGCCCUCUAGAUGCCUGCUUCACGUACAUCUACCAGUAUGAGCCCUACCUCAAAGACCCAGCUGGCUUUCCAAGGGUUAUGAUGCUCGUGUAUUUGUUCUAUGGGCUGCCAUUACUGACUGUCUUCACCUAUGGUCUGAAAACGCCAGGAUGCACCUGGAUGUUGGAUUGGACCAUCUUCUUUGCCGGGGCCAUGGCUCAGACCCAGUGGUGCCAUAUCGGAGCCUCUGUGCACUCCCGCACUCCCUUCACAUACCGAGUCCCAGCAGACAAAUGGUGGCCCGUUAUCAGCCUGAAUGUGCUGCUGGCUGUUGUGCCGGUUCUGCUCGCCCUGCGCUGCCGCAUCAGUCCCACUUACUUCAUGAAACCUGUUCCCGAGGGACAGACCGACAAAGACAAGAAGAGGAACUAGACCGCACACCAGCCCCGGACGGGUGAGGAAUACGUCGCCCUGAGACGAGGCUCAUGAUUUCUGCGGACCCUCUUUUGCACACAAACUAAAAUAUACCCAUUUUCCAACAAAACCCCCAAAGGAAAUCCCAGAAUAUUACUCAGACUUGACUGGACAAUAAGUAGCAGCAGCAGCAGCACUCCCUACAUGAACCAUUGGACUCUGAUAAGAGGGCUGCUGAUUGGAGUUUGGGACUGACAUCAGCUUUCAGGUGACUCAUGCAGAUAUCCAGUUGGUAUCUUUCCAGACUCUUAAACAGGAUUAUACCGCUUGGCAACACCACAGGAAAGUAACCGUCAUCAUUAGGAAUCUUUCUAUUUACUCCACAACUACUCAUCUAAAAUGGACAGUUUUCUUUGUUCCAUUACUGAGUACCUUUUUUGAAAGAAGCUCUUCUGAGUUAAAGGCUGAAUAACUACAACUUUGUUAAGAAGUUAAUCAGGAGAAUUUGAAGAAGAAAAUACUCCAACUGGUGCCUUCAUUUAUAUUGUGUAAGAUGUUUGUGGAUCCAAAGACCAACAUGAGAUCUUCACGUUGUUUGUUUUGACCGAUGGGCAGUUUAAAAACCCAACUAUAUUCUGUUUACAAUUUUAUAUACAAUCCAAUUUAAUUAUCGGAAUUUGUUCCGUCCAUCAACUAAUUGAUUCAUCGAUCAGCUCUAGAUGUGCUGCGUCUGUAUGGUUGUUUUUUAAUGUUCCGUCUGCCACAUUCUUUCGUAGAAUAAAUAAAAAUGGAGCGUUCAAUUGGCC